AAAGGACUGAGAAGUGCAGUCGAAGACGUGAAGCCUGACGCUGCUUUCAUCGACGAACUAAACUCUGUCUUGAAGGCCGCUCCGCUCACCCGUAGGGGUUUUAACGUAUCAAGUGCUGCUGCGCAUUUGGGUGUUGAGGACACUGCGAAUCUUGGCAAAUGGGUUCAGCCUCGAAACAUCGGAGUUGGAAGACAACGACAAAAUGGAAAAGAAGAAGAACAUCAUCAAGAAAGAAAGAAUACUAGGGUCGUCGAGCAUCUUCCAAUUUGCGUCGGACGAAGACUCUGUGGCGCCCACCAGACAGAGGAAGACACAACAAAAGUGUCCUCAACCUGGUGCCUCAAGCGCCGCUUAAGUAACGCCUGUUUCACUCAAAAAGCCGACGAUUCUACGACCUCCAAAGCAUCAUCGCAACCAUCGCGCACCUCAAGCACCAUGGCACCUGGUGGCUCUAGGGAAUACGCUUUGUCAAGCGGUGUUGUGGUCAAUAAAGCUCGUGAAGAUCCUCGCGUCGAAGACUUCUUGCGUCGAACGGGACAGGCCGCGGCCAGCAUUCGGAUGUUUACUGAUGCACGGACGUUGUUGAGGUUUAUGCUGGUGGAAGAUGGACAAGGGCAUGGGAAGCCGAAGCGCAGAAGAAAGAUUAGGACUCUCAAGAUUGAUACUUCUGUACCAGGUUUGGAGCAUGAUCUUUUGGAAGACAUGGCGGCAGCAGCAGCCUUAGAC